AUGUUUAUAAAUGAUAUUUAUAUAAUUUUUUUAGGUUUAUUAAUUUUAAUUAUUGGUAUUUUAGUAGGGGUUGCUUAUUUAACUUUAUUGGAGCGUAAGGUUUUAGGUUAUAUUCAAAUUCGUAAAGGUCCUAAUAAAGUUGGUUUUAUAGGAAUUUUACAACCUUUUUCAGAUGCAAUUAAAUUAUUUACUAAAGAACAAACUUAUCCUAAUUUUUCUAAUUAUUUAAGAUAUUAUUUUUCUCCUAUUUUAAGUUUUAUUUUAUCUUUAAUAAUUUGAUUGUUAAUUCCUUAUUAUUUUAAUAUAAUUAGUUUUAAUUUAGGUAUUUUAUUUUUUUUAUGUUGUACUAGAUUAGGUGUUUAUACAGUUAUAGUAGCUGGUUGAUCUUCUAAUUCUAAUUAUGCUUUAUUAGGGGGAUUACGGGCAGUAGCUCAAACUAUUUCUUAUGAAGUUAGAUUAGCUUUAAUUUUAAUAUCUAGAAUUAUUAUAAUUAUGGAUUUUAAUUUAAUAAUAUUUUUUGUUUAUCAAAAUUAUGUUUGAUUUAUUAUUUUAAUGUUUCCUUUGAGAUUAUGUUGAAUAAGAUCAAGAUUAGCUGAAACUAACCGAACUCCCUUUGAUUUUGCUGAAGGAGAAAGAGAGUUAGUUUCAGGAUUUAAUAUUGAGUAUAGAAGAGGGGGAUUUGCUUUAAUUUUUUUAGCUGAAUAUUCUAGAAUUUUAUUUAUAAGAUUAUUAUUUAUUUUAAUAUAUAUAGGAGGUUUUAGAUUAAGAAUUAUUUUUUAUCUAAAGUUAGUUUUUAUUUUCUUUUUAUUUAUUUGAGUUCGAGGAACUUUACCUCGUUAUCGUUAUGAUAAGUUAAUAUAUUUAGCUUGAAAAAGAUAUUUACCAAUUUCUUUAAAUUUUUUAUUAUUUUUUUUAGGGUUUAAAAUUUUAUUAUUAUAA